GCGCGUUGGAGAAGGAGAGUGUGGGCAUGGCCAAGGCCACAAAACUGGUUCGAUGUGCUACUCGUUUCCCCUGGUAUGGAAUUGUUGUCGAAACCUUAUUUCCGAAUGUCACGAAAAACAUAUGAUGAAUUAUGCAACGUUUUAAGAGCGGAUUUAAUCAAACAAGAUACCAGAAUGCGCCGUCCUGUUUCUGUUGAAAAGCGCGUGGCAGUAGGUCUUUGGCGCCUUGCUAACGGGGACACGUAUAGAUCUUGCGGACUUCAAUUUGCUAUUGGCGAGUCUACUGCAAAAGUAAUCUCAGACCAGUUUGAAAGCGCCUUAUGUCGACUGAAAAAUAGUUAUAGUCGUUUCCCUUACACUGAUGAAGAGGUGCAAGAGAUAAUGGAUCGUUUUGAGGAGGAAUAUCAUUUUCCCCAAAUUGCAGGCGCCACUGGCGGCUCUCAUAUUGAGAUAAGAACACCUCCCGACAACCACCAAUAUUAUUAUAAUCGAAAACAGUUUUACAGUUUAGUUCUUCAAGGGGUUGUUGACAGUAAAUUGCCCUUCUCUACUCAUGGAAAUCUUUUGCGACAGGAAAAGAAAUUUAACGAGAAAUUCAGUGUCAUGAGAGCGGUAGUAGAAAGAGCUUUCGGAAUGCUGAAAGGAAGAUGGCGAAUCCUAGCAAACAAAAACCAACAACACUACAAAAGUGUAUCACGAACGGUAACAGCUGCCUGUGUUCUCCAUAAUUUUUGUCAGAUGCAAGGUGAGAGUUACGACGAGGAUCUACGCAAUCCACUCGGACAGCACGACGACGAUGAUGAAGGUGUGGCCCUUGGAGGAAAGCCCAUAAGGCAGCUCAUUUUGAAUCACCUUAUCGCCGAAGGGGUUCUUUAA